GACUUGCUGCUGCCGCCGCCGAUGGGAGGCACGUUGAGCACAGAUUUUCUCGCAGUGUGCAGGAAAGCAUCUUUUUAGGUCUAUCUCUCGUACCCAGAAUGCAUAGCCGGGUAGCAUUUCAGUGACACAGGUAACAUGGCGUUUGGUACCUUAGGCUGAGAUUUUCAGAGGGAGGGAGGAAGGAAGCAGGCGCUCGGUGCAGUUUGCUCCGGGAUUCCUUUUGAUUUGGAAAGCCGAUGUUUUGUUGGAGCUGAUUGACCUCCCUUCCACCCCCGACCGUCCCUUUCCAGUCGCUGAGCAGUGGGGAAGGAGGCUGCUCCGGACGGUGGCACAGGCAGAGACUCGCCCCACGGGAGAAUGGCAGCAUCCGAGCUCUUCACUAAGUUUGCCAGGGUGUGGAUCCCUGAUACAGAGGAUGUCUGGAAAUCGGCUGAGCUUCUCAAAGACUACAAGCCAGGAGACACAGUGCUUCAUCUGAAAUUCGAGGAUGAGCAGGAAACUCGAUAUAACAUUGAUCCACAAACUAAGGAACUUCCACCCCUGCGGAACCCUGACAUCCUUGUGGGUGAAAAUGAUCUCACGGCUCUCAGUUAUCUCCAUGAGCCAGCAGUGCUGCAUAACCUUAAAGUACGCUUCAUGGAUUCGAAGCUCAUCUAUACUUACUGUGAGCGAGUUGUGAUAGCUGCUAUCCUUUUGGCCUAUCCAACAGCACUUUUGCCGAAGAACAGGAGGAAACCAUUCAGCCUUCCUGUCUGCACUGACUUUAAACUGCUCUUAGAUGAACGGAAUCAAUCGAUCAUUGUUAGCGGAGAGUCUGGAGCAGGGAAGACCGUCUCGGCUAAGUAUGCGAUGCGAUACUUUGCGACAGUCAGUGGCUCUGCGAGUGAGGCUAAUGUGGAAGAGAAGGUCCUGGCUUCGAACCCCAUCAUGGAGUCAAUUGGAAACGCAAAGACGACCAGGAAUGAUAACAGUAGUCGAUUUGGGAAGUACAUUGAAAUUGGGUUUGACAAAAGGUAUCGCAUCGUUGGAGCUAACAUGAGAACCUACCUGUUGGAAAAGUCGAGAGUUGUAUUUCAGGCUGAGGAUGAAAGAAAUUAUCAUAUUCUGUACCAGCUGUGUGCCUCUAAACAUUUACCAGAAUUCAAAACUCUCAGGCUGAGCAGUGCUCAAAACUUCCACUACACAAAUUUGGGAGGCAGUCCUGUGAUUGAGGGAAUAGAUGAUGCCAAAGAAAUGAUGAAUACCAGACAGGCUUGCUCUUUACUAGGUAUAAGUGAUUCCUACCAAAUGGGUAUCUUCCACAUUCUUGCAGCAAUUCUUCACUUGGGAAACGUGGCAAUUAAGUCGAACGAGCGUGAUGCUGACAACUGCUUUAUCCCUCCAAACACUGAACACCUGAUCAUCUUCUGUGAUCUGCUGGGCGUGGACUAUGAGCAGAUGUCUCACUGGCUGUGUCACAGAAAGAUUGUCACUGGCUCAGAGACCUAUAUCAAGCCCAUGCCCAAAUUUCAGGCUAUCAAUGCCAGAGAUGCACUGGCAAAACAUAUCUAUGCCAGCCUUUUCAACUGGAUUGUACUCCAUGUCAACCAAGCUCUACGUGCUUCAGUAAAACAGCAUUCCUUCAUCGGAGUGCUGGAUAUAUACGGGUUUGAGACUUUUGAGAUAAACAGUUUUGAACAAUUCUGCAUCAAUUAUGCCAAUGAGAAAUUACAGCAGCAGUUUAAUAUGCAUGUUUUCAAACUAGAGCAGGAGGAGUAUAUGAAGGAGCAGAUUCCAUGGACACUAAUAGAUUUUUAUGACAAUCAACCUUGCAUCAACCUAAUUGAAGCUAAACUUGGCAUCCUGGAUCUAUUGGAUGAAGAGUGCAAGAUGCCCAAAGGAUCUGAUGACACAUGGGCUCAGAAGCUUUACAACACUCACUUAAACAAGAGUGCGCUGUUUCAUAAACCACGCUUGUCAAACAAGGCUUUCAUCGUCCAGCACUUUGCUGACAAGGUUGAGUACCAGUGUGAGGGUUUCUUGGAAAAGAACAAGGAUACAGUGUAUGAGGAACAGAUCACAGUGCUGAAGGCAAGCAAGUUGAGUUUGCUUGCGGAGCUCUUCCAAGAUGAGAAGCCAGCUACCAGCCCUACUGAAGGACGUCCCCCUGUUACCAGGGCAACUGUGAAAUCUGCUAAGCCUCGAUCACUGCAGGCCAGCAAAGAGCACAAGAAAUCAGUGGGACACCAGUUUCGUAACUCCCUUCAUCUGCUGAUGGAGACCCUUAAUGCUACAACUCCUCACUACGUACGAUGCAUUAAACCCAAUGAUGACAAACUUGCUUUCACGUUCGAUCCAAAACGAGCUGUACAGCAGCUUCGAGCUUGUGGCGUACUCGAAACCAUUAGGAUAAGUGCUGCUGGCUUCCCAUCAAGAUGGACGUAUCAAGAAUUCUUUAACCGCUAUCGUGUCCUGAUGAAGCAGAAAGAUGUCCUCAGUGACAAAAAGCUGACGUGCAGAAAUGUCCUGGAAAAGUUAAUCAAGGACAAAGACAAGUACCAGUUUGGUAAAACAAAGAUUUUCUUCCGUGCUGGGCAAGUGGCUUACCUGGAAAAGCUACGAGCAGACAAGCUCAGAGCUGCUUGUAUCAGAAUCCAGAAGACUAUUCGGAGCUGGCUGCAGCGGAAGAAGUAUCUCCGCAUGCGAAACGCCGCGAUUACAAUUCAGCGAUAUGUGCGGGGCUAUCAAGCCAGAUGCUAUGCUCAGUUCCUCCGCAGAACCAGAGCAGCAAUCAUCAUCCAGAAAUACCAGCGAAUGUGUGCUGCUCGGAAAAAUUUCCGACGGAUCCAGUCAGCAACCAUUGUUAUCCAGUCAUUCGUGAGAGGCUUUCAUGGAAGGCGACAGUACCGAGCAAUCCUCCGGGAACAGAAAGCUAUCAUCCUUCAGAAGCACGCACGUGGCUGGAUGGCGAAACGCAAGUACAAGAGGAUCCAGCACGCUGUCGUCUACCUGCAAUGUUGCUAUCGCCGCAUGAUGGCAAAGCGCGAGCUUAAGAAACUGAAGAUUGAAGCGAGAUCUGUAGAGCACUACAAGACCCUUAACAUUGGCAUGGAGAACAAGAUUGUGCAGCUGCAAUGCAAAGUCAAUGACCAGACAAAAGAGAUGAAGUCGCUGCUGGAGAAAUUGAGCAAUUUGGAGGCCACUUACACUACCGAUACGGAGAAGUUGCGGAUGGAGGUGGACCGACUGCGUGCAAACGAAGAAAUUGCCAAAGUAUCUUCGAACAAGAUAACCAGCCUGUUGGAGGAGAUCACCAUUCUCCGCAAGGAACUCAAGGAAACUCAGGCUCAGAAAAAACGCCUCGAGGAAGGAGCAGAGAAAUACAAAGAGGAAACCGAGCUGAUGGUGUCCCAGCUUAAGGAGCAGAACACUUUGCUGAAGAAUGAGAAAGAGGAUCUGAAUCGUCAAAUUCAGGAACAAGCCAAAGAGAUAACAGAAUCAAUGGAGAAGAGAAUGGAGGAAGAGACCAAACAGCUUCAGGUAGACCUCAAUGAUGAGAGGUCCAGAUACCAGUCUCUCCUUAAUGAGUUCUGCCGAUUGGAGGAACGUUACGAUAACCUGAAGGAAGAAAUAUCUUUGGUUAAUGUGUCGAAGCCUGGUCACAGAAGGACAGAUUCUACACACAGUAGUAAUGAGUCGGAGUACACCUACAAUUCCCUGCUUUCCUCCGAGCCGGGAGAACCUGAGGAUGGGACACGAAGACCAGAGGAGCUUCCAGAACAGAAAGGUGCUCUGGAUAUGUCCCUGUUCCUGAAACUACAGAAGCGUGUGACUGAACUGGAACAGGAGAAACAGGGCUUACAGGAAGAACUGGAUCGGAAGGAGGAUCAAGCAUUAAGAAGUAAAGCAAAGGAAGCGGAAGAUCAGCAAGUUAAAGCCAGGGGAGCUGAGCUGGAGUACGAAUCUCUCAAGAGGCAAGAACUAGAGUCUGAGAAUAAGAAGCUAAAGAAUGAACUCAAUGAACUGCACAGAGCCCUGAAUGAGAAGGCCUCCCCACAUGUUACAGCCCCUGGGUCUCCUGCAUACAAAGUCCUACUUGACCAGUUGACUGCAUCAAGUGAAGAGUUGGAGGUCCGUAAAGAGGAAGUUCUCAUUUUGCGGUCCCAACUGGUCAGUCAAAAGGAAGCUAUGGCACAUAAGGAAACAAUGACAGACCCGAUGGUCCUCUUGGAGGAUGUACGCAAAAUGAAGGAUCAAGGUGAAAUAACCCAAGCAUACUUGGGACUCAAGGAAACCAACAGACCAUCACAGGAUUGCCAUUUGCUGAAUGAGGAUGGAGAGCUCUGGAUGGCCUAUGAAGGGUUAAAACAAACCAACAGAUUGCUGGAAUCUCAGCUUCAGGGCCAGAAAAAGAACUAUGAGAAUGAGCUGGAGAUCUUACGUGGAGAGGUUCAGAAUCUCAAAGAGGAGAUCAAUCGUCAGCAGCAGUUAUUGGCCCAGAAUUUGCAACUGCCCCCAGAGGCCCGCAUUGAGGCCAGUCUGCAGCAUGAGAUUACUAGGUUAACCAAUGAAAACCUUUAUUAUGAGGAGUUAUAUGCAGAUGACCCCAUGAAGUAUCAGUUCUACAGGAUUUCGCUUUACAAACGGAUCAUUGAUCUUAUGGAACAACUUGAAAAACAGGACAAGAUUAUCAGGAAGUUGAAAAAGCAGCUUAAAGUGUUUGCAAAGAAAAUCGGAGAACUGGAAGUGGGUCAGACAGAGAACGUAUCUCCAGCUCAGCUAGCCGACGAACCCAUCCGUCCUGUGAAUAUCCCAAGGAAAGAAAAGGAUUUCCAGGGAAUGUUGGAGUAUAAGAAGGAUGAUGAGUUUAAGCUCAUCAAGAAUCUUAUAUUAGAAUUAAAGCCUCGUGGUGUGGCGGUCAACCUGAUCCCUGGAUUACCAGCAUACAUCCUGUUUAUGUGUGUACGUCAUGCUGAUUAUAUUAAUGAUGACCAGAGAGUCCGGUCCCUGCUGACAUCAACUAUUAAUGGCAUCAAGAAAAUCUUGAAGAAACGAAGCGAUGACUUUGAAAUUGUGUCAUUCUGGUUGUCCAAUACUUGUCGCUUUUUGCAUUGUCUUAAGCAAUACAGUGGAGAAGAGGCAUUUAUGAAGCACAACACUCCUCGACAGAAUGAUCAUUGCUUGAGAAAUUUUGACCUUGCUGAGUACAGGCAGGUCAUAAGUGACCUAGCAAUUCAGAUAUACCAACAGCUGACGAAGGUCAUGGAAAAUAUCUUGCAGCCAAUGAUCGUUUCAGGUAUGUUGGAACAUGAGACUAUUCAGGGGGUAUCUGGCCUAAAGCCCACGGGUCUACGGAAGAGGACUUCGAGUGUUGCAGAUGAAGGUACCUAUACUCUAGAUUCCAUAGUCCGGCAGCUGAACAAUUUCCAUUCCACAAUGUGUCAGCAUGGCAUGGAUCCAGAGCUCAUCAAACAGAUCAUCAGGCAGAUGUUCUAUAUCAUUGGUUCUGUCACCCUCAACAACUUGCUUCUUCGCAAGGACAUGUGUUCAUGGAGCAAAGGAAUGCAGAUCAGGUACAAUGUGAGCCAACUUGAAGAGUGGCUGCGGGACAAGAACCUGCAGACCAGUGGGGCAAAAGAAACUCUAGAGCCUUUAAUUCAGGCUGCACAGCUACUGCAGGUGAAAAAGAAGACUGAUGAGGAUGCAGAGGCCAUUUGCUCCAUGUGCAGUAAUCUUACCACUGCUCAGAUUGUGAAAGUCCUAAAUUUGUACACUCCUGUUAAUGAGUUUGAAGAGCGUGUAACUGCCUCAUUCAUACGCACAAUUCAGGUUCGUUUACAAAAUCGAAAAGACUCCCCUCAGCUGCUAAUGGAUGCAAAAUUCAUAUUUCCAGUUACAUUCCCAUUCAACCCAUCUUCUUUAGCACUGGAAAGCAUUCAGAUUCCAAGCAGCAUGAACCUUGGAUUCCUGUUGCGUGUCUGAGGAACACUGAAGAUAUCAAUUCUACAUUGGUCAGAGAAUUAUCAUCCCCAUUCACUACAUACUGCUAGAGCAAUGUUAAAAUAUUUGCAUUAUAAAGGAAUGUGUGCUGAAAUUUAAGAAAGCCAAACACAUUCAUGCAGCACCUGGUGAUGACUGCUGUGCUGCAGUUUUGAUGAAUAUACUUUGAGUUUAACAACUGUAAAUUGAGGUUGUGUCAUACUUUAAUUAUUAGGAAUUUGAAUAAAGGGGAAGUACAACUGCCAUAAAUAGUACCGUUUGUCUUAUAGCUAUUAUUUAAGUCAAUAUAUAAAAGAUGUAGAAUUCAAAGGUCUGUUAAAAUAUAAUCUAGAGAUUAUGUUGUUAGUUUUGGUGUUUUGCUUAGCACAUUUAUUAUAGUUACCGUGUUUAGUGUCCUCUGACUAUGCUGAACUAUACAUUUAGCACUGCACCCAUAUAGUGUUGAGUUGUAAUUCACUAAAAAUAUUUCAUGUCAACUUUACAGCUUUUUCACAGUCAUUUUAAACUUAAUUUAUGCCGGUAAUAAUCACUAUUUUAGGUUCCAAAUUUCACUUAAAGCACAAAAACACACAGAAGGGCAAAAUACGAAAUUCUCUGAAAAUCAUAAAGGCAUUUGGCAACAGGAAAACAAUUAUAGGUUGAACAAUACUUUUUUUUUUCAGUAUUUGAAGUCAUAGCUUCUUUCCCUUUUAAAUGCGCCUUAUUGGAAUUUCUUCCGACUUUGCAAUACAGGAAUUGCUCAAUUAUUUCAUUUGUUCGUAACUGUGUAUGUUAAGAUUGAAGAGGACGACCAUAGAAGUAGAAUUAGAAAUAUUCCCCCCCCCCCCCAGUAUUUGCAAUACAGUGUUUAGUGACCACAGGAGUCAGACAUCAUGCAGGUUGCUGUGACUAUGGUGCAGGCAUCACCCUAAGAGGGCAGCUUCAACCUCAAACCACACCACCCUCCAAAUUCUCAAUGUUGCAGGUCUGUUGUGGUUUCAGUUCUGAAAACUUUUAACCUGAUGUUCCCAAUUUAAGGAUAAUUGGUGCUGUGACUGGAAAUUGAACCGAUAUUGAGUUCAUAAUCACUUUACGGUGGGCAAAAAAAUCCUUAUUGCACCCUUCAUUGUUUACACAUUUUAAGUUUUAAAUAUAUUGAUCAAGCAUCCAAAUUCAGAAACCUGAUUUUCCAAGCAAUGGUUUACGUUAUCUAAAUGGUGUAAUAUGUGUGCCUAUUUAUAAUGCUACUGGAUACCUGAUAUUUAAUUGAAAGCAGAAAGCAAAAGUCUUUCUAGAUGCUAUGGAAUAAAGGGUAAUAAGCUACUCUAGAUUUAUGGAGUUGUUUAAACGUUCCACAAUUAUCACACAAAUCAAUGUUGGCCAAUAUUUUGAUAGAAAUAUUACUGAAUCUGUGAUGCAUCAUUAUCUAUUUUUUGUUUUUGCAUUUUUGUACAUUUCAAUCUGUUAAUGUCUUAAAAUAUAAAAUACCCCAGAUAUGUCUGUUACAAGUUCUCUUUUGCAAGUAUUUGUUUAAUUCAACCCAUUACAGAAUGAAUAGAAGCAUCACAUUUGGCUAACCCGAAAAUAAUAAUAACCUUUGCUCAUUCACAAACGUGUGGUUGUGAAGGGGACAAAUUUGGAGACAGAGAAAUAAAGAUCCUUAAAGAAAGAUUGCCUGGGAAAUCAAUUUGAUCCAAAAUAGUAGUUGUCAGUCCACAAUAUCGUAACUAUUCUACAACAGUAUUUGUUUCUUUGCUUUCAAAAUAAUAUAAAAGCCAGGGUACAAAGUAAAAGUUGUGUUAUGAAUCUCAGCGCAUGUAGAACAAUGUAAAAAUUGCAUUGUUCCUUAAUGAUGUUGAGAAAGUAUGAAGGCAAUUUUCCUUUGAAAUAUUGGUUGUGCACUUUAGUUAAAUCCUAUGCGUAUAUGUAGUUUUCCGUUUCCUGCUUAUAUUGUAUUUUACUUUUUUGUAUCAUAAACUGUUAUGAAACGUAAGUACGUUACUAGUGGUUAGUGUUAAGGAACUGGAGAUAGUUAAAAUAUCAACAACAGCUAGCUAAAACCAAUUGCUGUUGCAUUACCUAGAUCACUAAGGUUGACCGUGGAUGCUUACUUCUGUACUUAACCAGCUAGCAAACAAUGAGUAUGAUAUUGAUGUACAGAAAAGUUAUGAAAACCCUGCAGCAUUUCCUGUUUGUUGCAAUUAGUAAAUGUAUAUUGAACUAGGUACUAAGGUAAUGUCCAACUUGUAAAAACAAAUAAAAAUUUCAACAGUAUAA